GGUAAUCAUUAAUUGCCCUCUGAAAUAAAGCGGAAUAAAUGGCAGGCGGAAGAGGUCACCAGGAGCCCCUCAGAUGCAGUUCUAGCCGGUCCGAGGAGGUUGGAGGGGAUUGUGGAUCUUUGGAAUGAAUACGGCUUCAGUUCGCUUUAAAGCGGAAGCUCGGCCCAAGCCCAGCUCUUCCUGAGAUCCCCCUAAACAGAGGGAUCCCCUCAGAAUCUCAGGCAGCCUUCCUAGCAUGAAACAAACCGUGGUUUGGAAUGUGCUGGAAUAUCUUUGCCGACUGCUGGGCAUCUCGACCGGAGCAGUGCUCCUUGGUGUGGGCAUCGACACGCUUCUGCAGGGGCAGUUCAAGAACCUGGCUCUUUAUCUCCUUAUUUCAGGGAUGGCUGUUUCUCUCUGGGAAGUGGCGUUCUUUGCCAGCCUCCUUUUGAUCUCCUGCUUCGUCCCCCGGAGGGGAUCCACGGUGGACGCUUGCUGGCUCCGAGCCAAACGCCGGGGAGCUUUCCAGAAGUUCCUGGCUUAUGCCCUGCUCUCCAUCGCCUGCUUCCUCAGCCCCGUCCACAUCUGGCAGGUCGUAUUCCCAGGCACCCUGCUGAUCCUCACCAGUCUAGCCUAUUUCCUGCUGAGUAAGCAACGGAAAGAAGAUACAGGAAAUGGAGCACCAGAAGAGAGGGGUGACCAUCGUGAUGAAGUUAUAGAUGAAAUGCCUGGAGACAGGAGUAGGCAAACAUCCUCUUUCCACCCUCCAUUCAGCUCCCUUGCCGGCUCUCUGAGGAGCUUCUUCCAAGCUUGCCAAAGGCCGAUCGCCUUCAUGCGUUCCUCAUCCAGCGUUGUGUCUAUGAGGAAGCCCGUUGACUUUGAGGAAGUCUUAGAGGAGAUGGCGCUGCCCCUCAGAGGAGAGCCGGAGGGCUUGGCCAAGGAAAGCACCUCUGAAACGGCCUUCAUCCUUUCUGCCCAGAUGUGAUGCCCCAGGAGAAACCCGAUGGAGCUGGGCUGGGGUGAUGGUGCAUGUGCCCACAGACAGGGCUCUGUGUGCCACCUCUGGCACGCGUGCCAUAGGUUCGCCACCAGGGAUAUAGGGUCUUCUGUUUCAGCAGUGGGUUUGACUAGAAGACCUCCAGGGUCCCUCCCAACUUUGUUAUUCUGUGUUUUCAGGUGUUACUAUUCUUAGAUUGGUCUCAUCACAGUAGGAAGGAUUCGCUUUCCAUUAAUUGGGGAACAUCCUCACAGCAAUGCCUGUUUUCUGUGGCAGCUGCCCAAUCCGCCCACCACAGAAAUGAAGCAGGAGAGAAAGGAAGGAGGCACGUGGGUCGAGUUCGCUGCAUGACCUCUGUACCUUCAGAUUGACUUUCCUCAGCUAGCCGGAGCUGUAUCUAUGGUUGUCCUUGAAGAUACGUCUGUAGCUGAUCUGAAGGGUGCCUGGCUUUCCAGAUGUUCCACGGGAUUCCACA